GUGACAAGCUUUUAAAAUAUAUUUGAUCAUUUCAAUGUGUUGGAAAAGCUUUCAUUUCAAUUCCGACGAAUCCAUUGAAGAGAAACUAAUAAUCAGAUUAUUGUUGCCUCCUUGUCUCCGAUGUCUCGUGCAUCUUGGAUUCUGAUUUUGAUCCUUUCGAUCAUAAUAGCGCCGUCGUUGAAAGCAGAAUCGCGGACGCUGCUCCGAGAGAUUGACAAUAACAACAGAAGCGGUGAUCAGAAGGUCUACGGCGUUGAACUGACCGCCACGGAUUUCGAUGGAGCUCUCAACGCCACUCCCGCCGCUCAUGCUAUAGUCGAAUUCUACGCUCACUGGUGCCCUGCUUGCAGAAAUUACAAGCCCCAUUUUGAGAAAGUUGCUAGGCUCUUCAAUGGACCUGAUGCUGUGCAUCCCGGUAUCAUAUUUAUGACGAGAGUUGACUGUGCGUUAAAGAUAAACAGAGAUCUUUGUGAUAAGUUUUCUGUUAGUCACUAUCCUGUGCUGUUCUGGGGUCCUGCUACAGAGCUUUCCUCUGGCUGGAAACCCAAUGAAUUAGCAAGUGAAAUACGUGUAAUCGACGACAGACGAACAGCAGAACGCUUGCUUAAUUGGAUCAAUAACCAAAUCGGCAGUUUUUACGGCUUGGACGAUGAAAUCAAGCAUCUUCCGUCCGAUAUAUCGGAUCCUGUACAGGACAAAAGGGAGACUCUGGAUAAGGUAUGUGAAGUUGUAAGGAAACAACUGGCUAUCGAGAAUAACAAACCAGUCACCGGAGAAUCGAAAUUUGUUGAUCUUGGGUUUCAGGCCGAAAUCGUGAUGGGACUUGCAAAAGAAUUCGGGAUCACCGUGGAAGAGGAGAAUGCAGAAACCAUCACAACAUUUCAAGACGCUGCAUAUCUUAUCCAGAAGCUCUGCAGCGAGAGAAGUGCCUAUUAAAAGAAAAACACAUGACCAUAUUGAUGUAUCACUUUCUAGCCUGCACUCUCUUGAACAUUUCGGCAAAUUUCUUAUUUGUGUUCAAUAAUGUUGGAAAUCUCGAAUUAACGUUGUUUGGGAUUUAAACUUCUGGGGAUUCUUACUUAAAUUUGUGUGACCA